AUGAAUGCCCCCUCGGCCUCAGCUGCCGGGGGGGGGCGGGAUGUUCCCUUUCCCUCUUCGGUUAGCCCAUCAAAGGUGGUGGCAGACUGCUCCUCGGGUUGGGAGGGGGUCCGGACCCCGGUUCCCUCCCUGGGGACGGGAGCGCAGGGAGUGGAGGCCCCCGGGGUCUCGGGGAGUGAGGUGCCCGGGGCGGAGAGCGAGGGCGGGGGCCGCUCCCGUUGCCCCAACCCUGCGGCCCAUCCAUCCUUCCCCCCGCCCUUCGAGCCCACCCUAAGAUCCCUCCCAACCCAUCGGAGUCAUAGGCGCCCUGCCGCCCUCUCUUAUUUUCCCCAACCACCACCCAGGAUAGGGUGUCUGGGGCUGCAGCUGCUCUUGUUCACGGAGAGAUGGGGACUGUCGGGGAGCCCUAGUGACAGCGUGGAGCGGCCUGGUUCGGAUGGAAUCGACAAGCGCGGGGCAGAGGCCGAAGAGGUUUUGGGGACUCAGACCCUCCAGAAGAGUCAGGGGCUCGGGUGGUCGGCAGGGCCCCCGGGGCCGGGUCCUGCACCCCCGCUGCCCUCCGGGGAGAGCUCUCGAUUCAAUGCCUGGACUCUGUUUGGUGCCUCUGGCUGCGGCCCCCCCCUUGGUCUCAUGCCCGCUGAGGAGGAGUCCGUUACCCAGACCGGUCGCCACCCGCGUCUGCAAUAUAAAAUCUCUGACCAACGGGCGGUUCUCCGGCGCCCGGCCCUAACAUGGCGGGCCCUUCGGCCUCGCCCAACCUCAAUAUGGCGGCGCUUCCGCUUCCGGCGCGGGAGGGCGGAGGGCGGGGCGCGGCCGGAAGCGGCGGGCGCGAGGCGUAGGGCAGUUCCGGUCCGCUCCUUCCUGGUUCCGGCGGCGGCGUCGGAGAUGGCGGCGGCGGCGUCGGCGGUGUCCGGGCCCGGCUCCGGCUCGGUCCCGGGCCUGGAGAGCCAGCGGUGGCAGGUGGAAAACGGAGAGAGCGGGAGAGAGCGGCCGCUGCGGCCGGGGGACCGCUGGUUUCUCCUGGAGCAGCACUGGUAUCAGCAAUGGGAGGCUUAUGUGCAGUCCGGAGACCAGGAAUCCAGCACCUUCCCCGGGAGAAUCAGUAACGCUGAGCUCUUUGAAGAUCAGGAGUCGUGGCGGCUGAAGGAGCGUCUAGUGGAGGGUGAGGACUACAUCUUGGUUCCUGCGGAAGUUUGGUGCAAGCUGGUGAGCUGGUACGGACUGGAGCACGGACAGCCGCCCAUCGAACGCAAGGUGGUGGAGCUGCCCAGCACUCACAAGGUGGAGGUGUAUCCCGUGGAGCUGCUCCUUUGCCAGCAUAGUGACAUGGACAGCCUCAACCCGACGCAGUUCAGCCGCGCAGACUCCAUCGAGCUGGUGCUGCGGGUGGCCCGGCAGCAGUUCCAGGUGGGGCCCGAAGAGGAGACGCGACUGUGGGUGAAGAACUCGGACGGGUCCUGCGAACGGCUGCGCAACCCCCACGUGUCGGUCCUGGACGCCUGCCUGAGCCCCGGACAGAUCGUUGUCAUGGAGACACGCAACAAGGACGGCACCUGGCCCAGCUCCCGGCCCCAUAUCAUGAAGAACAUGGUGGAUGAGGAGGAGGGGUACCGCGGCCAGCCCGGGGUCUGCGGCCUCACGAAUCUCGGCAACACUUGCUUCAUGAACUCCGCCCUGCAGUGUCUCAGCAACGUGCCUCCUUUGACCGAGUAUUUCCUGCACAACCGCUAUCUGGAGGAACUGAAUUUCUGCAACCCGCUAGGCAUGAAGGGAGAGAUCGCCGAGGCCUACGCCGACCUGGUCAAACAGGCCUGGUCCGGGCACCACCGCUCCGUCGUGCCCCGCAUGUUCAAGACCAAGGUGGGCCACUUUGCUUCUCAGUUCCUGGGCUACCAGCAGCAUGACUCCCAGGAGCUCCUCUCCUUCCUGCUGGACGGGCUGCACGAGGACCUCAACCGUGUCAAAAAAAAGGAGUACGUGGAGCUGCGGGACGCCGCCGGCCGGCCGGACCAGGAAGUGGCGGAGGAGGCCUGGCGCAACCACAAGCGGCGGAACGACUCCGUCAUCGUGGACACCUUCCACGGGCUCUUCAAGUCCACGCUGGUCUGUCCCGAGUGUGGCAAGGUGUCGGUGACGUUUGACCCCUUCUGCUACUUGAGCGUGCCUCUGCCCGUCAGCAAGGAGCGCAGCAUGGAGGUCUUCUUCGUCUCCAUGGAUCCCCGCAAGAAGCCGGAACAGCACCGGUUAGUGGUCCCCAAAGCCGGGAAGGUGUUGGAUCUCUGCAUCGCGUUGGCCAAACACACGGGCGUCUCUCCUGAUCGGAUGAUGGUGGCCGACGUGUUCAGUCACCGGUUCUACAAGAUCUACCAGCUGGAGGAGGCCCUGAGCUGCAUCCUGGACCGAGAUGACAUCUUCAUCUACGAGGUGUCCGGAGGGUCAGGCGAGGGGCCGGGCGAGGACGUGGUGCUUCCCGUCUACCUGCGGGAGCGGGCGCCCGCCCGGGACUACAGCGACUCCUACUACGGGCUCAUGCUGUUCGGCCACCCGCUGCUGGUGUCCGUGCCUCGGGAUCGCCUCUCCUGGGAUGCCCUCUACCACAUCCUGCUGCAUCGCCUCUCCCGCUACGUGACUCGGCCGGGCUCGGACGACGAGGAGGAGGAGGAAGAGGAGGAAGAGAAUAGCGAAGAGGAGAAUCUGUACAACAAGCGGCCUAAUGGACUGAGUGAGGGAGAAGAGGAGGAAGAGGAGGAGGAGGAGGAGGAAGAAGAAGAGGAAGAGGAGGAAGGGGAGGGAAGCUCCCCGGAAGGCUCCGCCCACCCGGUCUCCACUCCGGUGGGUGGAGAGGAGAACCGGGCCGAGGCGGUUGGCAGCGGAGAGGGGGAGACGGAGGGGCGGCCCGGCGGCGGCGGCCCCCCCAGCCCCGGCCCCGCCAACCAGCCCAAGCGGCCCUGCCGACCCCUUCCCCGGCCCCCGCGCCGCCGGCGGCGGAGGCGCCGGCGCCGGCGCCGGCGGAAGCUGCUCUUCAGCCUGCAGACGGUCAACUCCAACGGCACCAGUGACCGAGCCAGCUUCAGCGAAGACGCCAACGGGGUCUCCUUCAACUCCCAGCCUUACAUUGCCAUCGAUUGGGAUCCGGAGAUGAAGAAGCGUUACUACAACGAGGUGGAGGCUGAGGGCUACGUGAAGCACGACUGUAUGGGUUACUUGCUGAAGAAGACCCCAGUGCGGCUUCAGGAGUGCGUCGACCUCUUCACCACAGUGGAGACGCUGGAGGAGGAGAACCCCUGGUACUGCCCGACCUGCAAGCGGCACCAGCUGGCCACCAAGAAGUUAGACCUGUGGGCGCUGCCCGAGGCUCUCAUCAUCCACCUCAAGCGCUUUUCCUACACCAAGUUUUCUCGCGAGAAGCUGGACACCCUCGUCGAGUUCCCCAUCCGGGACCUGGACUUCUCCGAGUUCAUCAUCAAGCCACGGACAGAGACCGAGGCCCCCCCCUGCAAAUACGACCUCAUCGCCGUCUCCAACCACUACGGGGGCCUGCGGGACGGCCACUACACGACGUUUGCCCGGAACAAGGACAGCGGGCAGUGGCACUAUUUUGACGACAGCAGUGUCUCCCCGGUGUCGGAAAGCCAGAUCGAGUCCAAGGCGGCCUACGUUCUCUUCUACCAGCGGCAGGACAAGGUGCGGCGGCCCCCGGCCCGGCCCGGCCCCCCCAGCUCCCUGGCCGCCCCUCUGGCCCAGCUCUCCGACGGCCCCGCGCCCCGCGCCGAGUCAAUGGAUGUGGACUGAAAGCGCUGCGGC